AUGCAGAUCUUCGUCAAGACCCUCACGGGCAAGACUAUCACCCUCGAGGUGGAGUCUUCGGACACCAUCGACAAUGUGAAGUCCAAAAUCCAGGACAAGGAGGGCAUCCCCCCGGACCAGCAGCGUCUCAUCUUCGCCGGCAAGCAGCUCGAGGACGGCCGUACCCUCUCCGACUACAACAUCCAGAAAGAGUCGACUCUCCACCUAGUCCUACGCCUGCGCGGUGGUGCCAAGAAGCGAAAGAAGAAGGUCUACACCACCCCCAAGAAGAUCAAGCACAAGAGGAAGAAGACCAAGUUGGCCGUGCUCAAGUACUACAAGGUCGACGGCGACGGCAAGAUCGAGCGCCUGAGGAGGGAGUGCCCGACCCCCGAGUGCGGCGCCGGUGUCUUUAUGGCUGCCAUGCACAACCGCCAGUACUGCGGCCGCUGCCACCUCACCUACGUUUUCGACGAGUCGAAGUAA